AUGUACGUGAUUCCGCAUUUUAACUCGCCCUCAAUGUCGGGACGUCGCCCUCCGAGUGUUUAUUGCGAUGAGAACUUCGACGGUGACGUCAUAGCGAGCGUCCCGCUGCAAAACCUUCUCUUUCACACCGCGAAGCCGCGGUCGGGCCACGAGAUUUAUUUGCGCCAGCCCUGCCUCAGGAGGCGGCGACGCGCCGCCGGCCACCGCCCCGGGCGAUAUUCGCCCCUACAGCCCUCGAUGCAUCCGAUAAUCCGCCGGUUCAAGAUCCGCACGUGUAUCUUUGUUGGCACCGAUACCUCCAGGACAUCGCAUAGUUCGCUCGCAUCCGGCGUCCGAACGCGCGGGCGCGGGGCGCCGGGCCGGGGGGGGGGGGUCGGCGGGAAAAAAACCAAGAAAAACGAAAAUGGCGCCCGCGCGGCGGUGUGCGCGGGAAAAAAAUCGCAGAUA